AUGCAACUGGCAGAGUCAGCCCAGGUGAAGCAGAUCACUGUGGCCAAAGCCAAAGGCGCUUCUUUUGCGCUGUCACCGAUUGAUCCGCUGGAUUUUGUGGAGGAGUGCCACAGGCAAGGUGUUCUGGCCAUCCCAUCAGCACUCACCAGCAAUGAGUGCUGGGCCCUCCAUCGACGAGGCACACGGCUGAUCAAGCUCUUCCCUGCAGGCCUGCUGUCGCCGGCAAUCUUGAAGUCCAUGCUCGACAUCACCCCGCUUGGUGAGAACCUAAACAUCCUACCCUCGGGUAGCGUCACGCCUGAGAAUGCGAAGAAGUGGCUGGAGGCAGGGGCAGCUGUGAUCGGCAUGGGCAGCAACCUCGUUGGCAAGGACGUCUCCUUCCACCCCGGAACGGAAGAUUUCAACAAAGCCCGAGCUGACUGGCAAGCGACAGGUCGCAGCACGGCAGAGAAGGUGUUCAAGGAGCUUGUGGCAGUGUGA